AUGUCGUCGAAAAAAAAGAAGAGACCGUCGGGGAUGUUUGACUUCGGUAAUGUUCUAUCGAAGUUCGAAGACGAGAAAAGAAACCUCGAUGCUAUUCGCGAGCGGUUAAAAGCCGUGAAUGAAAUUGACCUAAGGCGAUUGUUGUCGGACGCGUGUGUUUUGAUGGAGGACGAAGCCCUUCAGUUAUUAGCUUCAAAACUUUCAUUUGAAGGGCUGUUGAAUCUGCGUGACGCCGUUCGACACGUUCCGAAGAAUAUUCCGCGUGUUGUGAAUGGUAUCUCUUUGCGAUAUAGUUUUAUAUUCAAAGUUUUCGAGAGUUUGCCUUCACAACAUUUGGUGAUGUCGAUGGCGGAGUUCCAGAUGUAUGUGAAGUUUGCGGAAACGUACUGCCCCAACUUUAUCGCCGAGAAGAAAGCAUCCGAUCAUCUAUGGAAGCUCACGCAAACGGAGGACUUGCCGUUCAAUAAAUUUCUCACACCCCCUGUAGCCAGAUGCUUUCAGUGUCAGAAAGAUCUGACUGUAAGAAAUAACCCGUCGAAAGCUAAAGUGUUCACGUUGGAUGGACCCAUACCAUGCACAAAAGUUACGCUGGAAUGUAGAUGUUGCUCGUAUGUUUAUGGAAUCUGCAAUUAUAGUGACGGAUCGGGUUCUCACUUUUACCCAAAGUCUGAUGAAUAUGAUGUUGAGCUUAUCGAAGUGAGCAAUGUCACAUAUUUUGACGCGAAACUAUACAAGUGGUUUCCUUCAUUAAG